GGAGGGGGGGCGGUCACGCGGGUGGCGGGCGCGCGCGGCAUUGGCGGGCGCGCGGCGUGAGGUCAUUUCCGGUGUGGGCCCCGGGGAAGCGGAGCGGCCCCGAGACCGGACCCGCCAUGGCCUCGCUGCUCAAGGUGGACCCGGAGGUGAAACUCAAGGUUGACUCCUUCAGGGAGCGGAUCACAAGUGAGGCUGAAGACCUCGUAGCAAACUUUUUUCCAAAGAAGCUGUUAGAACUUGAUGGAUUCCUUAAGGAACCCAUCCUGAAUAUUCAUGACCUUACUCAGAUCCAUUCGGACAUGAACCUCCCAGUGCCUGACCCAAUUCUUCUCACCAACAGCCACGAUGGACUGGAUGGGCCAAAUAUGAAAAAGAGGAAGCUGGAAGACCACGAAGAGACCUUUCAGGGUACCAAAGUGUUUGUGAUGCCCAAUGGGAUGCUGAAGAGCAACCAGCAGCUGGUGGACAUCAUUGAGAAAGUGAAACCAGAGAUCAGGCUGCUCAUUGAGAAGUGCAAUACGGUCAAAAUGUGGGUGCAGCUUCUCAUUCCCAGGAUAGAGGAUGGGAACAACUUUGGUGUUUCUAUUCAGGAAGAAACAGUUGCUGAGCUUCGGACUGUGGAGAGUGAGGCAGCAUCUUACCUGGACCAGAUUUCUAGAUACUAUAUCACAAGAGCAAAGUUGGUUUCCAAAAUAGCCAAGUACCCUCAUGUGGAGGAUUAUCGCCGCACCGUGACGGAGAUCGACGAGAAGGAGUACAUUAGUCUGCGCCUCAUCAUUUCAGAGCUGAGAAAUCAAUAUGUCACUUUGCAUGACAUGAUUCUUAAAAACAUUGAGAAGAUCAAGAGGCCUCGGAGCAGCAAUGCUGAGACCCUCUAUUAAGUGUCAACGUUUGAACUUGAGAACUGUUCAGUCAACUAAAGACCGUCAUUGCCUUGGUUUGUUACGUGACUAUCGAGAUGGGAAACUGGCUGGAAAUAGUAUUGCAUUCUUAGUUAAACUCUAAAGAAAUUCUUGCCUA